GCAGGCUCCUCCUCCGGCUCGCCCCGCCUCGCCCCCAGACGGGCAGCGGAGCCGAAGUCAGGCGCGCUCUUCCCCGCAGCCGCCAUCCCGGGCGCGCCCGGUGCAGCUCCGCUUGCCACACCCGGGAAGGGCAGCAGCAAGACCCCCGCCGCCGCCGCCGCCGCCUCUGCGCCCGCCCAUGCCCGGCCUCUCGCCCCCCGACGCCCGCUAGCCGCUGCGCCCUCCAUGGCUCGGCCCGUGGCGCUGCUCUGCUGCUGCUCGGCGGCGCUGCUGGCUGCGUGCUGGGGUCCCUCCGGCGCCACCCCCAGCGCCACCCCCGCGGGCGCCCCGCUGCAGGACGAGGCGGACAACCAGGAGAACAUCCUCUCGCAGUUGUUAGGGGACUAUGACAAGGUGAAGGCCGUGUCGGAAGGCAGAGACUGCCAGUGCAAGUGUGUGGUGAAGCCCUUGGGCAGAGGCGCUUGCCAGAGGAUUAACGAAGGAGCUUCCAAACCGGAGGAUUUUUACACGGUGGAAACGAUCACUUCCGGACCGGAAUGCAAAUGUUCGUGUGUAGCCCCUCCAUCUGCUCUGAACCCUUGCGAGGGGGAUUUCAGGCUGAAGAAACUGCAAGAAGCAGACGGCAAGGACUUCAAGCUGGCAGCUGUCAUCGAUCUACUAGAAGGUGCUUUCUAUGGCUUAGACUUGCUCAAGCUGCACUCUGUCACAACGAAGCUGGUUGGCCGAGUGGAGAAACUGGAAGAGGAAUUGUCUAGAAAUCUCACCAAGGAACACAAAGAGAAGAGACCGAAUGCAGGCAAAAUGGAUCUGAAAGGCAAGACAAAUUCUUCUGACACCAUUGCUAACAACCUUGCUGGCAUCCAGAGUUCACUGCAGAGGGAUGCUGCUGCCGCGUACACUCUCACUGAGGAAAAAUACGAAGAGGUUUUCCUGCAUGAUGAAAUGGCUUCUCAGCAAAUCAGUUCUGCAGAGUCUUUGCGCUACGCGCCCCCAGCUCCAGAGACAAAGUCAACUUUGCCAAGAAAACUGCAUGUAAGGAGCCGGACUCCAGCUCAACCCAGCAUCAUCCGGGGAGUCACUUACUAUAAGGCCAAAGAUCCUGAGACAGAAAAAGACCUUGAUGAACACGAUGAGCAUUUCAGCGGUGAGAACCCAAUUGAUAUGCUGAUUGAAGACCAGCUAUUGCAACACAGCUACCUGCCAAAUGUUCCCAUGAGGAAGCAGCUGUCUGUGGAAAAGCCACUUAUUUACCAAAGCAUCAGGCUCAUAAAGGAGCAUGCCACAAGCACCACAUCUGCUGGAAAAGAAGCAACUGCAACAACAAAGCUGCCACUGUCCUCUGCCAUCGUGCCUCCCUCUGUUGAGCCAACACCACCGUCUACCUCGUCGGAUCUCCCUACAGCCAGCAGCCAUUUUCCAAUGGUUUUGGAGCCCACAGCAGCCACUGGGGUCUCCUCCGUGACUGACUUCGUGGAUGAAGGCGCCACAUGGCCAAUGAAAGCAGCAGCUCAAACUGCCACACAGGCGUCCACGAUUGUGGCAACCCAGAAUGCUUUUGACACAGAGCCCCCCCUGGCCAAAGCAGCCACAACAAAUCUCCACACACAGGCAACAGCUCAGCCGACGUCAGCUGCCACAACCAAAGCGGUGCCCCCUGCAGCCCCUGCCAGGCCCAGCCUCACCGUCACACCCACACAGGGGCUUGACGAGGAAGAUAUCCGAAACAGCAUUGGCCAGUGCAAGGACACCUUGUCUACUGUCUCUGGGCCCAUGACCCAGAACACGUAUGGGCGGAAUGAAGGGGCUUGGAUGAAGGACCCCCUUGCCAAGGACGAGCGAAUCUAUGUCACCAACUAUUACUAUGGCAACACCUUGGUAGAGUUUCGGAACCUGGACAGCUUCAAGCAAGGUCGAUGGAGUAACUCAUACAAGCUGCCAUACAGUUGGAUGGGGACAGGCCACGCAGUCUUCAAUGGCUCUCUCUACUAUAACCGGGCCUUUACCCGCAACCUCAUCAGGUACGACUUGAAGCAGCGCUAUGUGGCUGCCUGGGCCAUGUUGGAAGAUGUGGCCUAUGACGAGGAGACACCUUGGCGGUGGCGGGGCCACUCUGAUGUGGAUUUUGCAGUGGAUGAGAAUGGCCUGUGGAUCAUCUACCCAGCCAUUAAUUACGAAGGCUUCAGCCAGGAGGUGAUUGUCCUUAGCAAACUCAACGCCAACGAUCUGAGCACUCGGAAGGAGACCACCUGGCGGACAGGCCUGCGCAAAAACUUCUAUGGCAACUCCUUUGUCAUCUGCGGUGUCCUCUACGCCAUUGACAGCUACAACAAGAAGAACGCUAACAUCUCUUAUGCAUUUGACACCCACACCAACACCCAGAUCAUCCCCCGCCUGCUCUUUGAGAAUGAGUACUCUUACACCACUCAGAUAGACUACAACCCAAAGGACCGGCUCCUCUAUGCUUGGGACAAUGGCCACCAGGUCACGUACAAAGUCAUCUUUGCUUACUGAGGACACAGUGAGAUAAUGUUUAUAAAGGCCACUAGCACCUUUUUUUUAAUAAAUAUUUUUUUAUUGUACAAAUCAGAGUAAAUAAGGUUGUUGUUUUUUUUAAAAAAAAACUUUUUUAAAAAAAGAGUGGAUUGUAGAUCAGUCCACAUCCUAAGCCAACCCUUUUAUUUUGGGCAUAACCCUGCUUUUGUUUUUAUACCGAAUGUGCUGCCUCCACGAAACCAUGGAAAAUAUUGUUCAUUAGCACCUGCUAAGUGCAGACUCUCAAAUGAUAAGGCAAAGGGAUGCUUUUGUAACACACUUUGGCUGAGAACAGCC